AUGUCCGGAUCGAAAGCUCCCGUCCGGGAACCCACGCCAAAUCCUGGCUCAUCCCCAAAAAUCUCAACGGCGUGCCCUCCUUCGCCCUUCGCCCCUCUUGAAACCUAUUCUAGCCUUACCCCACACUUCAAAAACAUACAACACCGCCCUCGGCAAAAGCCUGUCCUAUCCCCUCCACCAACUCAACUGUACCCGACAUCCACCACACCAGCCUUCACUCCCCAGUCAAUACAACCCUCGAUCCUACGUCAAGGUGACAACCUGGCCCAAUGUAUCUCUUUAGCAGAGCCUUACUUAGAGUUGCUCCCCGAAAACUUCAGGAAGAACACACUUAAAUCCCUUCUCGACCCCGAACUUGUAUACAAGGUAGAUGGGCUGGCUCCCUCUCCUUUCUGCUCAUUCGAGGAAUACUUAGGAGCCCUUUAACAGAUUUUCCAUUCAGAGUCCAGCCAGGCCGCGGAACAACAGCGGUUCUUCAAUAAAACCCAGUGGGAAGGUGAGACCCCGCUGAAUUUUUAUAUAGAAUUCAAACACCUCUCGUUUCGCGCCUUUCCACCUCACGGCGAUGAAGAUCUAACGUUUUGUCGCAUGAUGUCGGGCAUACGCGACCGUGAACUAGCGUUAAUCUUCACCAUCUGUCCACCGGCCAACGUCAGGGAGGCUCUUGACUUGGAAUCGGCGCGCCGCACCCAAUUCCCCUUGGCGCAGGAACCUCAAGCCACCAGAGAUCCAACUACUUAGGGUCAUCCACCCAACCUCCCAGGUCGGUCAACACCCUACCACACCAAUUUAAACCGACGUUUCCAACCCCCAGGCCCGCCAUACAACAAUCACUGUUACUACUGCGACCGCUUCGGCACAGCUGCCAAGAAAUACGGACACAACUCAGGUAACCAGCCCUUUCCCCUAGCCGCUUUAUACACCCUCCCCUCUGAUUUUAAGCCAUUGACAAUCUCGAGCACAGCGGCCAAUAAGAGAUUCAGCAUCCUUAUAGACACGGGCGCAGCUGUCUCCCUGAUUCACGAUAGCCUCCUCCACUGAACAAACUACAUCCAGUCGGCAUUCCCGCAGCUACAGAUUCUCACCGCUAACAAUUCCUCCCUCCAGUUUAGCAGCUCCGCCACAGUGCCAGUCUCCAUCAAAGACACGACUAUCCGACAUUGCUUCCUCGUGUCUUCUGAACUGAAAUGGAAUGUCAUACUCGGCUGUGAUUUUCUAAAACGACAUGCCCAGGCCAUUACCUUCUUUCCCACUUCUCAGUCUUUGAUCCUCAAAGACGACGAGGUAACUGUGGCCGUAAACAGUGUCGAAAUCGAUACGCGACCACCGCUCGACCCUUCCUCCAUCGAAGAUAUCCUACCGGAUAACAUUUCGGCAGACGAUCGCGGCGCCCUAUACCACGCGUUGGCACCGUUCACAUCCGUGUUCACAUGGGCAGACCAGGCUAUCGGACGGUGCAACGUAGUCCAACACAGGAUAAACACCAGAUCCGCCCCUCCACGGCACCUCCCUCCCCGACGGAUACCCUUCCACUUUCGGGAAGAACUAGAUAAGAUGGUAGAAAACAUGCUCCAACAAGGCAUCAUUCAACCUUCCUCCUCCCCGUGGGCAGCGCCGGUAACGCUGGUUAAAAAGAAGGACAAUUCCCUUCGUCUUUGUGUUGACUACAGACGCCUCAACACGGUCACGGUAAGAGAUGCCUUUCCUCUUUCCCGUAUGGACGACCUCCUAGCUUCUAUGGCAGGAAAGAAAUUCUUCUCCAACCUUGACCUCUCCUCAAGCUACUGGUAAAUCGAAGUACACCCAGAAGAUCGCGCAAAAACCGCCUUUUCCCUGCCCUCGGGACUCUUCGAGUUCACCACACUACCUAUGGGCCUAGCCAAUGCAGCGGCGACCUGCCAACGCCUCAUGCAGAAAUUACUGAAAAACCUGUCCAUCGAAGUGCCUUGUUUACCUAGACGACGUCAUAGUGUGGGGUACCACGAUAUGAGAACUGCUAGACAACCUUCCAGAAGUCCUAACGAGGUACCAAGAUGCCGCUCUGACAUUCAAUCCAAGGAAGUGCAAGUUCCUCCAACCAGAAAUUCGCUUCCUCGGCCACAUGGUAAGCCGCGAGGGCCUCAAAACGGACCCUGACACGAUCCAGGUAGUCAUAGACUGGCCACAACCGGUCAACGGAGAUGAAGUCAGCUCAUUCCUGGGCCGAGCAGGAUACUACACGGCUUUCAUUCCGUCGUACGCUCGCCUUGCCUUCCCUCUCACGAGACUGACCGAGAAGUCCCGACCAGUUUCGUGGACAACCGAGUGCGAGAACGCAUUUUCACACCUCAAGGAGGCCCUUACCGCCGCCCCCGUUCUCAGUUUUCCCGAUCUCAGUCGUGACGGACCCCCAUUUGCCCUAGAUACAGAUGCUAGUAGUCACGCCAUAGGAGGAGUACUGUCGCAGACAGACACCGAUGGCAGAGAGCACGUUAUACAGUACGACAGCCGUACGCUUGAUAAAUCGGAACGAAAUUAUAGCGCCACACGGCGAGAAAUGCUAGCUCUGGUCUCCUCCACCAAGAAAUUUGCUGCGUUUUUAAAAGGCAAGACCUUCAACAUCAGGACGGACCACUCAGCCCUGGAGUAG